AUGCCGCUAAGUGAGACUGCGACGACCUCGAAUCGCAGUGUCUAUAGCGUCGAUCCGAAAGCAAGCCUGGGCUUAAAGUCGUUGACGGUGCGGAAAAGCCGCACCGCAGACGAAAUUUUUCUGGCUGCGUCCUUUUCUUUUUUUUGGUUCUGGCUGUUUAAACUUCGGACUGUGCUGAGGUGCCUGCAGAUUCGCAUGACUCUAACAAAGUGCGUUGAAGGCUCGCAAACUUGGUCCACUCAACGCGUCGCGCAAAAUUGGUUGCCUGGUUGCUCUGCGUUACUGCUGCUGCUGCUGCUGCUGCUGCUGGCUGAGUUUUGGGCUGAGCCGACCGCAGACCCUGAGAAGCGGGAAACGUGCGUUGAAAAUGGAGGCUUGGGGAAGUGGAGCUGCAAUUGGAUUUCUUGGAUUGUCGUGUGUUGGUCUCGACUCGACUGCAACACCUUCCGUCUUCCUUCUGAUCAGUCGCUUGACACAUCAAAUUGCGGAAACCUUCGCUAG